AUGUCUCACGCAAUAGGUCUUUUCUUGUCGUCUCUCGCGCUGCUAAUCCUCUACUUGCUUUUUGGUUUGGCGCAACUAUGGACCAACAAACCCCCUCUCCCACCCGGUCCGAGGAGGAUCAUUCCCUGGAUUGGAAAUCUUGAUGCCCUGCCCCGGAAGGGCCAAGCAGAGCAUCUUCAUUGGCUUCGUCUUAGUGAGCUAUACGGCCCAAUUAGUUCAGUAACGGUCAUGGGCCAGACCUUUGUGGUAUUGAAUGAUGUCAACCUGGCUUUUGAGAUGCUGGAAAAGCGUGGCGCCAUCUACUCGUCCCGUCCACGACAGGUGUUCUGUGGGGAAAUGGUUGGCUGGGCACAAUCCGUCGCCCUAUCACCUUAUUCGGACCGAUUGCGCGUUCACCGGAAGAAUAUCAUGCGUAUCCUUGGAUCCUGUUCUGCUGCGGCUCAAUUUGAGCCCAUGCAAGAGAAAGAAUCGGCUCGUUUCCUGUCCCGCGUAUUGCAAAGUCCCGGUGACCUAAUUGAUCACAUCCGAAGUGAAGCAGGAUCUCUCAUACUCAACUUGGUUUAUGGGUACAACUCGAACGGUCAAGUGUCAGAUCCACUGAUAGGAUUAGCGCACAAGGUAAUGGAAGAAUUUGGGCAAGCAUCUCGUCCAGGCGAUUACCUGGUGGAUUUGGUGCCAUGCUUACGAAAUUUAACGGACUGGGUACCGGGAUUAGGCUUCGCGAGGAUUUCAAGGCAAUGGCGGAUUAACCUGAUGAGGAUGGCAGAUCUUCCCUAUGCGUUUGUGGAGCAUCAACUUGCUACGAAGCAAGACACUGGCUGCUUUCUGGCGCAGCUGAUCCAAGGCGCACCUGACAACGUAUCGAUUCACAAGUGGACAGCCUUAUCAUUGUACAGUGCAGGAGCAGACACUACGGUGUCCGCUCUGUCGACCUUUAUUCUCGCGAUGACAUUGAACCCCGAGGUUCAAAGAAAGGCUCAAGCUGAGAUCGAUGAGGCAAUACACGACAAUAGGCUUCCGACGUUUGCUGAUCGUUCGAGGCUACCCUACGUAAAUGCGCUUGUAAAAGAGGUUCUUCGAUGGCACCCUGUCACUCCGAUGGCCCUGCCGCAUACGAAUGUGGAGAGCGAUGUGUUUCAUGGGUAUUGGAUUCCGAAAGGGGCGAUUGUCCUUCCUAACGUAUGGGCAUUUAUGCAUGAUACAAGCACUUAUCCUGAUCCCAUAGCAUUCAAGCCCGAGCGCUUUUUGUCUUUGGAGGGCCAAAUCCCAGAGCUCGAUCCGCGAAGAAUGGCUUUUGGCUUCGGACGGCGGAUUUGCCCCGGACGCGUACUAGCUGAAUCAUCCAUUUUCAUCAUCAUCGCACAGUUCCUGGCUGUGUUUAGACUGGAAGAAAGCCAGGAAAGGACGAAUGAGCGUCUGGAAAAAUCGGGGCCGAGUUUCCAGCCAGGGGUUAUCAGCCAUCCAGUGCCUUUUGACUUUCGGGUUCGAGCACGGAGCGCACGGCAUGAAGCAUUGAUCCGUGGUGCUCGAGGAACCCACCCGUGGUCAGAAAGCGAUGCACAUACACUCACGCAUCUCGUAGCUUGA